UGAUAAUUUUUCGUUAAUUAUAAAUACAGUGAAAAUUCACUGUACCUAAGGAUGCGUUUUUUGAUAGGUACAGUGAAAAUCUAUUUUUAGAAUAUUUUUAAAAUUUACUUUCAUUUUCCAAAAUGUGCAUGCUUUAAAACAACGAGUAUAUUUUCGAAGAGAGUUCUUGAAUAAAAUUUAGUAGUUAGAAGAUUUUCAAUAAGAUUCUUAAAGAUUAAAAAAUGGAGGACAUUUUCAUGAAGAAUUUUAGAGAUUUUGAUGAAGCAGAAAAGUCUGUUAUUGAAAAUUGUAGAAUGAAUUUUCACCCCGUCAAAAUCGACUCAAAAGAAAAAGUUGAACAUUAUAAUAAAAAAGUAAAGGAAGGUUCCCAGAUAUGUUGUAUUCCUCUUAACGCUAUAUAUGGUUGUAGGUGGAUAUGCAAACAUUAUGGAGAAGUAAUGCCCAGUGUCUUAAAGAGAGGCAAAGGGUUACGAGAAAAUAGCGUGCUAGCAAGUGGUUGUAAGAUGGCUAUUUAUGUAGCCUAUAAAAAAGAAAUAAGGAGUUAUUAUAUUAAGAAAAAAAAUUUAGUUCAUAAUUAUCCACAUGGGCCUGAGCAGUUCGGUAUGUAUAGUUCAGAACGUCAACCAAAAGGUGUUCUCGAGCAGCAGACAAUGCUUCUGCUAUCUCAUGGUGCUAAUCCUACACUUAUAACAGACAAUUUAAACAGGCAUGGUUUAAAGACUAGACCUCGUGAUAUAUAUAACAUAAAGCAAAGAAUGAAAUUUAAAGGUUUUUGUUAUGGUUGAAACUUCAAUUUUAAAUUGUAUGACUUUUCUAAAAGGUUAAUUAUCUUUUCUAAAAGGUUAUUUUUUUCCCUAUAAAAUAAACAGGUCCUGCACUCGAUGAAGUUAUAAAGGUUCUUGAAUUACCAAACGUCAUAUCCCAUAUUGAUGCCAAUCUUGAUAGAAAAGUAGAGUGUAUAACGUGGAUAACUACUGAACAAUUAAAUUUGUUGAAAAAGUAUCCUGAGUGUAUCAUGCUUGAUGGUACCUAUAAGAUUAACAACUUUUCUAUGCCAUUAUACACAAUGGCUGUUGUGGAUCAAAAUGGCAUGGGGUGACCUGUAGUGCAGUCUUUAGUUUAUUGUGAGGACCAGUCACAUCUACAGCUGCUAAUGACACAUGCUAAGGAAUAGGCUGGGAUUGAAACUUUUCAAAAGUCGAUAUUCAUGGUUGAUAAAGCUCAAGCAGAAAUAUCUGGACUACAGUCUGUUUUUCCAGGAAAUAAAAUAUUUCUCUGUCGCUUUCAUGUAGCUAAAGCUUUUAUUUAUCAAAUUAAAAAGGGUAGACUUACUGCUGACGAUCAGGAAUUAUUAUUCAAGGCUACUCAGAAAUUAAUGUACAGUAAUCAGGCAACAUGCGCUGAAGCUUUGUUAAAUAUUGAAAAAAAUUUCCCUACGUUCUAUGUGUAUCUUCAAGAAAACUGGCUGACCAUACCAGAAAUGUUUAUGGGUCACUAUAGAAAAGGUCUGAUGCAUUUAGACAAUCAUACUAAUAACAGACUUAAAAGAUAUCAUAGAACACUUAAAGAUGUUGGCCUUUUGUCACGCGUGUCACCGGGAAAUCUUAUAGAUAAAAUUCUUAAGGUUAAUAGAGUGCAAAUAGAAAAAUCUAAACAUGCAGACUUUGACCAACAACUAAAAAUUAACAAUAAACUUCCAGAGCCACUAAAGUUUUAUUCACGUCAUGUUUCUUCUUUUAUUCUUCGUCAUCUCAUGGAACAAUAUGAUAAAAGUAUCAAGUCUGAUUUUAGUUUAUAUGAGGACAGAGAUUCAUUACAAAUAAUCGAUCGGCAAUCAACUUUUUAUAACAUAAUAGACUGGGUUUGCAUCUGUGAUGCUGCAUCAGGGUUUGGCGUGCCGUGUGCACAUGUUCUUUUUGCUCUAAGAACGAAGAAUGUAACUGUUAAUGAUCUACAGUUGAUUCAUAAAAGGUGGAUUUCAUGCAAUACUGUAGCAAACCAGGUAAGUUUUGACCAAGCGCAAUCACAUAUUACCUCAAAUAUAGAAUUAUUACCUCUCUGUUGUGCCACUCCCAAACAAAGAUUUACAACAGCAAUGAGUUACCUUCAACCAAUAGCCUCUUUGCUCGCUGAAAUGCCACCCAAAAAAUUUGAACUUGCAAUAACCUGGUUAGAAUCUAUUAAUCAACAAUGCAUUUCUGGUGAAUGGGAACUGAUGUUUCAAAGUGAUCCUUGUCUAGAAGUUUUUACACCUGCAGAAGAUCACAGUGAUCCUUGUCUAGGAGGUUUUACAUCUACAGUAGAUCAAAGUGAUCCUUGUCUAGAAGGUUUUACAUCUACAGAAGAUCUAUCAUCAAAAGAAAUUUUAGAAGUUAAAUCACCUUCAAGUGCAGAUCCUAUGAUUACCCCACUUGAAUGCAUAAAUAAAGAAAUAUGUGAAGUAGUCUCUCAAGAGCCACAUAUAAAUUUAGUUUUAAGGCAACCCCAGCGGAAGCCACCUGGUCGUGUAGGUAAAAACAAACAGAGACUUUUUGACAAAGCUAUAAAAGCGUUUGAAAAAUUAGGUAGUUUCAAAAAAGAUCAUAUCCGUCUCUGUUGGUUUGUAGAAAGAACAGUUGCCCUGCAGGUUUUACACGAGAGUGCUAAAAUUACCACCUGCCAGUUUUUAAAGCAGUUAUCGAAUAAGAUUGCUGAUCCUAGAGCAACUCUUGAUGACAUUAAGCAAUAUUUUGUAGAGGAUGCAUGGGCUGAAGUCAUCAAACGGUGUGAAGAUGUGAGAAUUGAAAAAUAGCCGUGUCAAGUAUGCGGGCAGUCUAAGGCAGCUGGAAAAAACCAAAAAUGGCUUCAGUGUGAUCAUUGUUUAGACUGGUCGCAUUAUGUUUGUCUACAAAUAUCUUGCAAACCUAAAGGAUAUUGGUUCUGUGCUCAAUGUUAAGUAAGGAAAUAGUGGAAUUUAAGUUCAUAUCCUAAUAUAAAAUAUUUUUAUAUUAGGAUAUGAACUUAAAUUCCACACUCAUACAAAAAAAUGAUAAAAUUAACUCAGCUGAAGGCAAAAAUUAAGAGAAAAAUAUGAGAAAAAAUAUUAUGCAUAUUGUACGCAAAGAAAUUUCAGGAUUUUUAAAUUAUAACCUGGACGAUCUAUGUUUUAUAAGUGGUGUCUUCUCCCUUUUUGUAUGCAUAAAAAAAGGAAAAACCUUUUUAACUUUUUUCAAGACUUAAUUUUCAAACACUUUCUGUUUUUCUGUAAUGAGGGUUUAUUAUUAAAAAAAGCAUUAAUGGAACUGUAGCUGACACCGUUUUUGUGGUAGCUAUUUAUGUUAUAUGUUUAUAUAUGUUAUAUGUUUGCUAAAACUUAUUAUACUUAUUUAUCCACUAUUUAUAUUGUAUCAAUCAUAUAUAUUUCUGAACAAGGUCUUACAGUCAAGGAUACUUACAAUUACUUUAAAACUAAUAUAAAGUAAAAACCUAACGAUAAUCAUAUUAAAUAAUAUUAGUGAUACAAAUAAAAAUUAUAAAGAUAAUAGUUAUA